CUCUCUUUAUGUAGGUAGGCGGCCAUGUCCAUUCCCGGCCUUGGGCAGAUCCCGGUACAGGCGGCCGUUUCCUCGACGCGAACCAUCUCCCUCCGCCCGGCGUGGGAAUGGCGAUUCCAGGUGCCCGCUGGCGGCUCCAUCACCGUCAAGGUGCUCUCCGGCACCGCUGAAAAGGACGGCGUCGAGCUGCCGCUGCGCAAUGCCUACACCUUCUCCGGCAUCAAGUCCAAGAUCCUCACCUGGCACGGCUGCGAGCUGGAGGUGGAGGGCCGAUGCGACCGCGACUCCGUGGCCGAGUACCCUAACCCGGUCGCCAAUCCGGCCACUUCACACAUCAACCUGCAUGCGCGGCUGAGCGACAUGCGCGUCGACGCCACACGGCAGCGGCGGGAGGGCCCCAGAGUGCUGGUUGUCGGGCCGCCCAACUCGGGCAAGACGACGCUGGUCAAGACGCUGACGAGCUAUGCCACGCGCCAGGGAUACCAGGUGAUUACGGUCAAUGCGGAUCCCAGGGAGGGCAUGCUGAGCCUGGCGGGGACGCUGAGCGCGAGCGUCUUUGCGACGGUCAUGGACCCCGAGGCGGUGGACGGCUGGGGGUCGACGCCGACGAGCGGGCCGAGCACGGUGCCCGUGAAGCUGCCCAUGGUGUUUCACUACGGGAGGGAGUCGCCGGAGGAGGACGAGGACUUUUACCGCGAGCUCGUGGCGAGGCUGGCGGGGGCCGUGAGUGGGCGGCUGAGCGAGGAUGAGGAGGUCCGGGGCUCGGGGGUGAUUGUGGACAGCAUGGGCAUCAGCGAGGGUGGGCAGGUCGGAAUGGAUCUGGUUGCGCAUAUCGUCGAUGAAUUUUCCAUCAACAUAGUGGUGGUCAUUGGAUCGCCCAAGAUCCAUGCCGACCUUACGACCCGGUUUGCGAGCGAAAAGACGAGCCUUGGGGAACAAAUACAGGUGGUUGCGCUGGACAAAUCAGAUGGCGUCGUCGAGAGGGACGAGGCCUUUCUGCAGCACUCUCGCGAGGCUGUUAUCAAAGAAUACUUUUUUGGGGACGCAAAGAGGACGCUGAGUCCGCAGAUUCAGCAGGUUGAUUUCGACGCCCUGACCAUUUACAAGCUGGCAGACUAUUCACCCGAUGAGAAGCAGAGCUUGGUGACGGAAGAGCCGUCAUCGCUCAUGCAGCACUGGACCUUUGCGGUGAUGAACGCCUCGGUGCGUGACAGUCCGGACGUGGUGCGCGCGGCCAGCGUGCUGGGCUUUGUAUACGUGGCCGACGUCGACGAGGACAGGCGCAAGAUUAAGAUUUUGGCCCCGGUGAGCGGGAGGCUGGGGGACAGGCCGCUGGUCUGGGGGCGGUGGCCGGAGCCGUACAUUAAUCUGUUGGGAUAG